CAUUGAUAAACAAACGUGUAAAGAUUGUUUAUUGUCUUGCGGCAUAUUACAAUGAAUUUGUUGCCAAGAACGCGAGAGGAGUUCGGCCAGACAGACUACUGGAAUGAGUUCUUCAAGAAACGCGGCGAAAAGGCUUUCGAAUGGUAUGGCGAGUACCUGGAACUAUGCGAUCAAAUACACAAGUAUAUAAAGCCCGCAGAUAAGAUUCUGAUGCUUGGUUGCGGCAAUUCCAAGCUGAGCAUGGAUAUGUAUGACACCGGCUUCAAAGAGAUUACCAACAUUGAUAUCUCUCCCGUAGCUGUAAAGAAAAUGCUGGAACUCAAUGCAAAAACAAGACCAGACUUAAAGUUUAUUCAAAUGGAUGCUACAGCAAUGUCCUUUUCAGACGAGAGUUUUUCGGUGGCUUUGGAUAAGGGUACGCUUGAUGCACUGUUUGUAGACGAUAGCGCGGAAACGAAGGCCUUGGUGGAGCGAUACUUCAAAGAAAUAUUGCGCACAAUGCGUAAUGGUGGUCGUUAUGUUGGUAUAUCGUUGUUGCAGGAGCACAUCAUAAACUAUCUACUUGAUUUUCUGCCUCGGCAUAAUUGCAUGCUACGCGUUGUGCACUGUCUGGACGUAGAGCGUGCGAGUAGAGAACGCAGCAGUGACGGUGAUGGUCUAACUAUGCCUGUUUUUGUUGUGAUUGCCACCAAAUUCAAAAGCUUGCCCAUGCCGUUACUUGAGUUUGGUCUGGGUAAUGAGAAACUACAGCGCCUAAAGUGCGCAUCGGAGCUAAUCGAUGCAGUGACUUCUGUACAAAAAGCGGCGCUGGUAUGCAAUGGCCUGGCACGUUCAAGCAUUGCAGGCCAUAACGAGGUCACCAUGGACUUGCACCAGGCCGCUGAGCAGACGCCGCGUUACACUGUGCACGUUCUGGAUCAGCCUCCUGCACGUGGUCUCGGAAAAUAUGCAGCUUUCAUUGUGCCACAAGGUCGCGAGAUUGAGUGGCUAUUUGCCACAAGCGCUGGCCGCAAGAAGCUGCAAGCAUCUGCCAAGUUUCAACGUUUGGCUGUCGUUACACUGCAUCGCGAUCAGAUUUAUAGUACACUGGACGAGGUCAAGAGUGAGCUAGGACAUAGCAUUAAGAGCCUGGCCCCUGCGGGACUCAACGAGCAGAUACCCUAUUUAUCGUUGGGCGCUGAUGUGGGUAAACGAGAGACGCUCAUAUCGGGUUUCUCGAAAAUAUCCGGCGACUUUCGCAUUGAGGAAGUGGAGGCGGAUGGCAAAACGUUGCGGAGACUCAUAUUCCUCAGCAAUCAGUUUGUUGUGCAGUCGGAGGCGUUGAUUAAAACAGUCAAAAUCAAAGGAAAAAAGGACCGUAAAAAGAUCGACUUUGGCUACCUGGCGUGCCAGCAUCAUCUCUACAUGUCUGUGGGUGUGCAGCUGGGCACCACGUUGACAAAUCCUAAUCAGAAUGAGCUUAAGGAUGUGCUAGUCAUUGGUCUUGGUGGCGGUGGCCUCUGCAGCUUCCUACAUGCUGCAAUGCCUCAGGUGCGCGUAACGGCUGUGGAAAUCGAUCCUAUAAUGCUGGAAGUGGCUGAGCAGUACUUCGAGCUGAAGCAGGACAAACGCUUUCAUGUGGUCAUCGAUGAUGGUUUGGCCUUUGUGGAGCGCUGCUGCAGUGAAGACAUUCACUUCGAUGCGGUAAUGUUUGAUGUGGACAGCAAGGACUACACGCUCGGCAUGAGCUGCCCGCCACAAAGUUUUCUGGAGCACAAGAUCUUGCAGCACAUUAAACAGAUUAUUGGAGCCAGUGGUCUGUUUAUGCUGAAUCUCGUAUGCCGUGAUGAGAAUCUGCGCGCUGAGGCCAUUAACAGCUUGCAGCAAGUAUUUAAAGCCGUUUGCAGCUAUAAGCUGGACGAGGAUGUCAAUGAGGUUGUGUAUUGUGCUAACAAUGAGAAGUAUAGUAAUGUGGAGCAGCUGAAAAAUCAGCUGGGCACAGCGGGACGUGGACUAAACAAUGCUGUCAAGACGCAGCAGCUGGCCAAAGAGGAUGCACUCGAUGUUGCAGACUUUUUAAAAGAGUUAAAAAUAAAUAGCAAGAACACAUAGUUGUUAGUGUUUUUAAAUAA